UCUCGCGGUAACGUUAGUGUACUGUUAGCUUGCUAGCUAACCCCAUCGUUUCCAGGUUUCGCGUCGACCCGAAAAAAAAAGCAAACGUUGAGAGACACAGAAAGGCUACGCAGCCGAAUAGUUUUGGAGCCCAGGCUGCACCGAGGAGCGGGACAAUGCCGCACAACUUCCAGCCCGGAGACCUGGUCUUCGCUAAAAUGAAGGGGUACCCCCACUGGCCAGCCAGGAUUGAAGAUGUGGCUGAUGGGGCAGUGAAACCACCUCCUAAUAAAAUCCCCAUUUUCUUCUUUGGAACACAUGAAACAGCAUUCCUCGCACCAAAAGACCUUUUUGCCUAUGAAAAGUACAGCGAACGCUACGGGAAGCCCAACAAAAGGAAGGGAUUCAAUGAAGGUUUAUGGGAGAUCCAGAACAAUCCACAUGCCUCCUACAGCGCCCCACCUGUACCAGCCAGCUCAUCUGACAGCGAGGGCAACAAUGCCGGAGGAGGAGGACGAGGAGGAGGAGGAAGUGAUGAUGAGGAUGACGAUGAGGAAGAUGCCCCAGUGCCUCAGAAAGCAGACUCAGGAAGUGAGGUUGACUCCGAUUCUGGGAGUGACGACCAAGGAAGGGGAGGAGGAGUGAAGCGAAAGCCACCACCUGCUAAGCGGCCUCCACCACCAAAGAAGGCUCGCGACUCGUCCAGUGACCGAAAUGAAGAGAGCGGAUCCCCCUCUGAAUCAGAACCCACACCUUCAGAGUCUGACUCCGGCAAGAACAGUGACCAGGAUUUUACUCCAGAGAAGAAAGCUGGUGGACGAGGUGGAAAGAAAGCAGGAGGCAGAGGGAAGAAAAAGAAGGCUUCAUCUGGCUCGGACUCGGACUCAGGGUCGGGGUCAGAGAAGAAACCUGCAGACAGCGACUCAGAGGAUGAGAAGCCUCGACCCGCUUUGUCUGGCUCUGAAUCCCGCUCAGGCUCAAAGUCUGACUCAGACUCAGAUCCUCCUCCUCGGAAGGGCCCACAGGCACGCAAGAAAGAGAAGCCUGCCCCAAAACCUCGUGCACGAAAGCCCAAACCCGCCCCUGCUAAACGAGCGCCUUCAUCCUCCUCCGACAGCGACAGUGACAGUGAAACCGACCGCAUCAGUGAAUGGAAGAAACGAGACGAAGAACGCAGACGAGAGCUGGAGGAGCGCCGGAAAAAGGAGGAGGCAGAGGAGCUCCGCAGGUUACGUGAGAGAGAGAAGGAGGAAGAGGAGCAAAAGAAAAAAGAGAAAGACAAGGGCAAAAAAGGGAGCGACAGUGACAGCAGCAGCAGCUCAGACGAAGGUGUGGAUGAUCAUCCGCUGAAGAAGUCCAAGAAACCCCCUCCACCCCCGAUCCCUGCGCCCUCUGACUCUGAUUCUCCACCUCCAACUGAGGCAAAGAAGCCAUCCAAGAAGCCCGACAACCAGAAGAAGGCACGAAUAAAGAAGGAGAAGGAGAGAAAAGAAAGGAAGGAGAAAGAGCUAAAGGAGAAGAAAGCCAGACGGUCAGAAGAGAAGUCUAGAGUGAGGUCUAAACCUGAAAAACCCAAACGCAAACCAGAGAGGCCGCCAGAGAAGAAAGUGGAAAAGAAAAAGGAGGCAUCGCCAGAAGAAAAGCUACAGAAACUCCACACUGAUAUAAAAUUUGCACUCAAAGUGGACAACCCUGACAUUGACCGGUGUCUACAAGCCCUGGAUGAACUUGCAGCCGUGCCUGUCACCAGCCAGAUCCUACAUAAGAACGCUGAAGUUAUUGCCACACUAAAAAAGAUUCGGCGGUAUAAAGCCAGCAGUGCAGUCAUGGAAAAAGCCAGUGAGGUCUACAACAAGUUAAAACUUCGCUUCGUGGGAAAGCAUGAGGUGCCAGCUAAACCUCAAUCACAGGACAAGGAACCAGAAGUUAAUGAGAAGGAGACAGAAAACACAGACUCCACUCCAGUGAAUGGCGAAUCAGAACAGAAAAAAGAUGAUAUGGAGGUAGAUGAAAAUCCAAAAUCGCCUGCCCAUGAGGAGAAUAAUGACGAUAACGCUUCAAGUCCAAUCAGACGGAGCCCAGACAGCCCUGCUGAACAGCAGCUUCACACAUACGAAGAUGCAGACAACUCCCUCUCUGCAGAGACUGAACCACCUGCUGUGGAAAGCUGAGAGAGCCUUAACCACCACUGCAGUGGACCAAGUGCUGAAGACGGUGGCCUCUUUGUUUGACGUCAUACAGUGCUCCCAACUCGACAACAUCGCAACAUACAUCCAGCGUUUCCUACAGUAUCUGUUACAUCAACAUUUUGGACAUUUUGUACUAUAAUGAUAUCAAACCAGAAGGCCCUGUUUGCUCAAACCAUUUGGUCCGUUAAUUAUCACAGCAAAAAGGAAAGCUUAUUAGUGUGGUAGUUUGUGGCGCUGCGCGAACUCCUUUUAUUUCUGAAAUGUACUUUUUCUUUUAUACAACACUUGGCCCGUCCUGGAUUUUCACCUGUACUCCUGCUACCGGCUUCUUUGUUCUUUCUACCACAUGAACUCUUACUUUCAUACCAUAUGUAUAUUGAAUGAUUACAUUUUUAGCACUUCUAACCGGAACUUAGGCGGAGGGUAGUUUGAGAUGAAAUUUCAAUGAUUCUCUUGGGAAAAUGGAGCCAUGCCCUUAAUUUUUUCGCUUGGAAUAUUUUGUGCAACCCGUACAUCUGUCGGCUUUUUAAAAAGCCUAAAAAAAAACCCAUCACAAAGGCCUCUUGUCUGUGUGUAUGACGUUGUGGGAGUGGUAAAGUACUAUUUGUGAGUCCUUUAUGUUAAGUAUUUUUUUUUUGUUUUUU